GCAUGAAGAAAAAUUGACGCCCUUAUAAUGACACUUGACGUCUGUGUUAAUUAUAUGCGAGGUUGUGGUAACACGUAAACACUGUGUUUCUCUGGCGUUGGUAAGGCAGAACUAAAAUUUAAUUUGAUUUUCUGCUACUGUUACGGAAAGGGUCAAACAAUGACGAAGUGCUGAGUCAUAUGAUUGAAGAUCACGACACAUGCACUGGACUUGAAGGUGACUGAACAUUUUCAGCCGGCACAGACAACUUUUGAAUUGCCGUCACCUUGAAGAGAUCAAAUAUGGCAGCGGAUGGUAAAGUCGCUUCGCUGCCCUCAAUUGAGCUAGACAAUAAUUUCGAUCGCAGUGAAUUCUCCCCAAUAGACGGUCGAACGGAAAGCAAGACUUGCUUUGAACAAAGCCUUUCCUGGGAAGUUGCAGUAAACCAGGAGUUGCUUGAACCAGAAAUUGUAAGGGCGAGGAGCGUUAGCCCACAUUGCAAGGUCAUACUUCCAUCCACAUCAACACAAACCGGCAAAACCAGGCGGGUCGGAGAUAAGCAUGUGAGUACAGAACAAAACGAACUUCGGCAAAAGAAUCUGAACAGAUCAGGAACAUUUAACCAUAUCUCUUUAGACAACCCUUACCGAGAAUCAGGUAAGUUGUCAAGGAGCGGUGAAUUCGAGCUUCCAAUCAUCCCAUCUCAAUCAAAACGACAAAGAGCCCUCACUGAACCGUAUCCACUGUCUUCUUUUGAUGAAGGUGUUGACAUCGUAGAAGGCAAUGUGUUUCGUAAGAACCUGAGUUUAAUGUACCGUCAAGGCAAAGAAGUGAGAAAACUGGAGUAUGAUAACACUGCGUCGAGAAGAACUUUACAGGAAGCACACGAUAUGAUAGGAGAACUCAAAGCCAAGAUUGAAAAGAGAAAUAAAUUCAUACGAGAGAGGAACAAGAAGGAAGGAGACGUCGCCCAUGUUGUUGAAACUUUAAAACGGGAAAGGGACGAAAAGCUCCUAGAAUACAAAACGAUACAGAAACGAAUGACCGAAGCACUGGCGCUGAAAGACAAAAAUCUUGAAGAUAUUGAGGCAGAGAGGACACAGACUGAGGGCCUUUACCAAAAACAAUUGAAGGAGAAUACUGAACUGAUGAGAAAACUUGAAGCAAGAGAGAAACAAAUUAAGCAACUGAAAGAAAAGACGGAAAAAGCAAAGAAAUGGAAAGAUAACGUAAGAAACUAACUUACAAUAACUAAAGCUCAAAUCAUUUGGGUGGUUGAGGUCCUAAAUAAAGCUGGAGCGCCGUUCGUCACAUCAUCAGUUCAUCAAAUGGUAAUUAGGAAGCCCUUUCUUUAAGGAACAGUGUCAUGGAUUGUGGAUCUCAAAACAAUACGCGUAAAUUUUUCAAGUUCGAGUCUGUCAUUUGCUAUACUUUGUGAAUUCUCUGCGAAUUAAGCUACCCUUCAAGUUCCUUCACGAUUAAUUAUUUCUUCUGUUAUGUUCCUACCUUAAUGAACUGAUAUUUUCAGUUUUCUCCCUCAAGUUGAAGGGAGACGGCUUGAACAUUUCAAACAGUGACUGAAAAUACUGUGACACUGCUCCUUAAUGGGCAACGGCUUUGAACAUUUCAAACAGUGAAUGAAAAUACUGUGACACUACUCCUUAAUGGGCAAGGGGUUUAUGUAUGACCAUUCCGUAAGGCAAUACGCCGUAAGCAACCAAAUGAAAAUGUCUCGCAAGUUGGCUAGAAUUGCAUCUGUAGCGUAAAUUUCUCAACUGGGAUAGAUCUAACUGUGACCUUUUUUCAUCAUUACUGUUUGUAAGUGGGUCAUUUGAAAGAAAAAAAAAAAACAGAUAUCGUGGUACAA